UAUCCUAUUUUGAUUUAAAUAUAAUAUUAUGGAUUCCUUCGGUUACUUUUUACGAAUAAUUAUUUAAUGUUUUAUUUAUAAGAAAUAGUUUUAUGGAAGAAAUUUAACAUGAAGUGUGUUAUAGCAGGAGCAAAUGUAAAAAUUUUAGCGAAGGCUAUACAUGCAUUAUCAAAAAUUGGAGAUGAAAUGUACAUAGAACCACAUGAAAAUACUUUAUCAUUUCGUACUGUUAAUAUGGCAAAUUCAGCAUAUGCUGAUUUUACAUUUCUACAAAGUUAUUUUUCAUAUUAUGCUUAUGGUGACUUACAAGAAAAUGAUGCAUUGAAAUGUAAAAUAUCAAUGAGGAGUGCAAUGACUGUAUUUAAGGUUCCACAUUUAAUAGACAAACAGGUAGAAACAUGUCAUAUUAAAUUAGAGCCAGAUGCAUCUGAAAUUUUGUUUAUUUUAAAGUAUAAAAACAGUAUUAUUAAGACUCAUUUAUUGCCCAUUUUAGAUUGUGAAAUAUUACAAACUGUAUAUAAUAAGGAUUCUGCAUCAAUCAAACUUUCAUCCCAACCACGAGUAUUAGGCGAUGCAAUGCAAAAUUUUCAUCAACAUUUAAUUGAAAUAACACUUGAAGUUUCAGCACAAAAGCUUUUAUUAAGAAAUUAUGUUGAUGAUGUCUCAGGUUUAUCAAAUACAAUACGUACACAACUUGCACUUGGAAAGGGAGAAUUUGAUCGAUAUGAUAUUGGUAGUGAAACAGCAAUUACCUUUUGUAUGAAAGAAUUUAGGUCCAUCUUAAAUUUUGCAGAAAUUGCAAUUACACCCAUUAGUAUAUACUCUGAAGGAGCAGGAAGACCAGUUAUAUUCGCAUUAAAAAAUCAAUCUUUUGAAGUGAACUUAGUGUUGUCAACAUUGAGUUCUGAUACAGAUAGUCAAGCAGAAACAACAUUAAUUAAUAAACCACAAGAAAAAUCCAUAAAAAGAAGAGCAACAAAUAAACGAGUUUGUAGGAAAAAUAAUAAAUCUGAUAGUAAAAUUCAAGAUAAGUCAAUUAAAUCCAAUAACAAAUUAGGUAAUGUUAAAACACCACAUCCAUGUUUCAUGGAGGAACCGAAGGGACAAGUUGAUACAUCAGCCAGAGAUAAUCAAAAUCUAAAUAGAGUAAGUAACCUUCCGAUAGAACAAGAUAUUGAAGAUAAAAUGAAACAGAAUUUCUCAUCUAGCUGUGACGUAUUUACAAACGUUAAUAAAACAUCUACAAGUGAAAAGAAAUUAGUGAAUUUUAUAUUUUCUACAAUAACGAAAAGAAAAUCUAGUAACAAUGAAACUGACAAAGAACAAAAUUUGGAUAGUGAUCAGUCUGAUGCAUUUGAAGACAAAGUACCAAAUUCACCAUCUCCUCCAAAUAAAAAGGCUCGUUUCAUUUUUCAAAAAUGCUUUCAAAAGACAUUCGAUCCAAGAACAUUGCCAGGAUACAAUGUAAUCUUAGCUGAAGAUUCAGAUGAAGCUAGUAAUGAUUAAAAAUAAUUUUUCACAAUAUUUUUUGCCAUUCGUGCCUCAGUCAUAUGAUUAAGAUAACAGAAAUCUAUAAGUUUCUGUUAUAUCAAUUUAUUAGUCACUAAUUUUGUUUCAAUUAACGAGGAUGUUUCUAUAUGUUGUUACAUAUGUAAUGUGUGUAUUUGAUAGAUAAAUUGUACAUUAAUUAUAAAAUACGAAUUUUAAAUUAUUAAAAUGGAACUAUUGUUUAUAUUA